AUGAUGAUCAUGAUCAACAACAACAACGCCGUAGCCCUCGCCGUCGAAGACGCCGCCGCCGACAACAACAACCUCCAAGUAUCAGUAGUACCACCACCUUCUAAUUCCAUAAUAAUACCCCCACCCAAUCCCAGAAAGAAGAGAACAAAGUUGAUUCGAAUCGAUAACCCUACCGCCAUCGUCAAACGGAAACCAGAUCCCUCCGCACCUAAAAUUACUCGUCCCUGCAGUGAAUGCGGCAAGAAGUUCUGGUCAUGGAAAGCUUUGUUUGGUCAUAUGAGAUGUCAUCCUGAACGUCAAUGGCGUGGGAUUAACCCUCCUUCUAAUUACCGUAACCGUUUACAUGAAGAAGAAGAAGAAGCUAUUCAUUACUUAUCUGACGAAAUUAUCAUGACGGAUGAAGAUCAUGAAGUUGCUGCUUGUUUGUUAAUGCUUUCUAACUCUCCUACUCCUGCUUCCGCUGCUUAUUUCUGUUCUCCUAGGGUUCCGAUGAUUACUAUUGGUGAAGAUUAUCAUCAUAACUGCCGAUUUGAAUGUUCAUGUUGCCGGAAAGUGUUUACUUCACAUCAAGCUCUAGGUGGACAUAGGGCAAGUCAUAGAAACGUGAAAGGAUGUUCCGCGAUCACGUCAACGAGUAAGAAUUUCAACGACGCCGUUUUAAUGGAGCUGACGAGCGGUGGCGGCGAGGGUUAUUUGCACUCGCAGAAUCAUAAAUGUGGAAUUUGUUCUAGGGUUUUUUCUAGCGGACAGGCAUUAGGUGGGCAUAAAAGAUGUCAUUGGGAGAAGACGAAUAAUGAUGUUCUUUAUCAACAGACAGCAUUAAUACUAGCACCUCCACCAUUGAUGCCGGCGUUAUCAUCAUCAUCAUCAAGCUACAGGCAGCAACCUGGGGUUGAUUUGAACUGUGAUCCGGUUACUUUGGAAUCAUCUUCUUCUUCGGUAUGUCAAGAUUGUCAUGGUUUUCUGUCUGGUUCUAAUUCGUAUUAUACAAGUUGUUCUCGUCUUCUUCCUUCAACAAGCCCAGGAUUGGAUCUUAGGUUGGGACUUUAA